CGGAAAGUACGCGAUGAUAUAGAAAAGUAUGGAGAUGUUGUAAAAUGCUUUUUGUGAUAAAUUCCAACACAAAUUUACGUAACAGGGCCUAUAUUGUUUUCUGUUAAAUUUAUUACCAUUUUAUGAAAAUGAAAGUAGCAACCGGAUGUAAACAAAUAGCGCGGGAAGUAAAAAUGGCGACAGAUUCCAUGUACUUAGAUAAUUUAGAAGAAUAUGUCAAUGAUGAGGGGAAGAUUGUCACAUACAAAUGGGUUAGUCUGAAUCUACAUGUUCAUGUCAAUGAAGCCAAACAAAUGCUGUAUACUUUUGUGGAGGAACAGAGAAAGAAGAAGGUGGACAUUACCGCGACUUAUUUUGUGUCCGGAAUCUCCAGACCUGUAAAUGGCUGCCAGACAUACACAUGUACUGUUGUACCAGAAGAGGAACUGGACAGUUACAAGAAUUCUUUAACCACCAUUCACAGCAUCCAUGUGUACAGUGUCCAGAAAGCCACGUUGAAGGAUUCUAAUUCACUAUAUCUAGCUGAUUAUGACUGUGUCAAAGAAAAUCUGUGUGAUCUUCACAAGUACAGUUCAAUCAAGUAUGUCAAGGCCAAGCAAACUUCUGAUGUGCGGGGACCGCCAGUGAAAACUGUGAAGGCAGAACCAAAUGUCAGUGGGAAUACAGUCUCGUCAGCUAAUGGUCACGUGACAUCAGGAACCAAAAAAGAACCAAAGAAAGGUGGUAUUGCGAGCAUGUUUGCAAACGCUACCAAAAAAACCGAGGACAAAAAAUCAGUGGAAGAUAAAACUGAAAUUAACGGGUCCAAGGACAAAAAACCACAAAAGGAUUCCAAGAAAGGUGGUGUUGCCAAUUUCUUUGCCAAUCACACAGGUAAGAAAGGUGUCCCACAGAAAAAGGAUGUGGAGAAAGAAGAGGAUGAGAGGGAAAAUGAACGGAAAAACAAUUCACAGCCCAAAAAAAAUGAUAAAGGAAAAAGACCCAAGAAGACCCGAGACGUAGAUUCAGAUGAAGACGGCACUAAGAAGAAAAGAAGAAGAAUCAGAAUGGAGAUAUCUGACAGUAGUGAAGAAGGUAAACUUAGAAUGGAGAUAUUUGAGAGUAAUGAAGAAGGUAAACUUAGAAUGGUGAUAUCUGACAGCAGUGAAGAAGGUAAACUUAGAAUGGAGAUAUCUGACAGCAGUGAAGAAGAGAUGGACUAUGAAAGCCCUGUCCCUAGUCCUGUCCCCAGCCCUACAAGGGAACCCUCACCAGUCCCAGAUACACCUGAGAAAGACAGUCCCAAGAAGGUGGACAAUUCGGAAAAGCCAGCACAGAAUACAGAAAGGCGGAGAAAGCGUGCACGGAAGUUGGUUCCCAAAACAUUUAUGGAUGAAGAUGGUUACAUGGUGACAGAGAAGGUCUGGGAGAGUGACUCCACGGAUGCCUCGGAUACAGAGCCGCCGCCGGUUAAGGAGCCACCCCCUGUCAAGGAUCUGUCUAAAGCUGGCUCACCACAGAAAAAGAAACCCUCACCUAAGAAGAAGUCUCCGCCUUCUGCAGGAAACAGGAAACAGAUGUCCAUAUCGUCCUUCUUCACAAAGAAAUCCUAGCUUGUUGGUGGACACAUCCUAGAGCUGGUGUUUUCCUUAUAUAGUCAUCAUGUAUUACAGACUAGUCUAAUUUAUUGACUUGUCUUGUUAAGUCUUAGUGCUAAUAAACUGUAUGUCACUUAU